ACGGGGAGUUAAUUUUAAACCUGGACAAGAUGGCGGAAGGGGACGCGGCUCGGUUCGGGCAGCGAGUAGCGCUGCCCCGGCUACAGCCGGACUUGGCAGGGGAAAACUUUGUGGACGCAGAAGAGAACGCCCUUUUGGAUACUGAUGAAGAGGUGGUUCCAGAGAAGCCACGCCCAAUACAAAUUGUUCUUGCUCAUGAAGACGAUCAUAACUUCGAACUGGAUGAGUCAGCAUUGGAGAGAAUUUUGCUUCAGGAGCACAUAAGAGAUCUCAAUAUAGUAGUUGUUUCUGUAGCUGGUGCAUUCCGUAAAGGCAAAUCUUUUCUCUUGGACUUUAUGCUUAGGUAUAUGUACAACAAGGAAUCAUCAGCUUGGAUAGGUGGAAGCCAAGAGCCUUUGACUGGGUUUACAUGGAGAGGAGGGUGUGAGAGAGAAACAACUGGAAUUCAGAUCUGGAGUGAAGUGUUCGUAAUUCCCAAGCCUGAUGGGACAAAGGUUGCAGUAUUGCUAAUGGAUACCCAAGGUGCCUUUGAUAGCCAAUCAACUAUCAAAGACUGUGCAACUGUAUUUGCUUUGAGCACCAUGACAAGUUCUGUCCAGGUGUACAAUUUAUCACAGAACAUUCAAGAAGAUGAUCUUCAGCAUUUGCAGUUGUUUACAGAGUACGGAAGGCUAGCUAUGGAAGAAAUUUAUCAAAAGCCAUUUCAGACACUAAUGUUCUUAAUUAGAGACUGGAGCUAUCCUUAUGAACAUCCAUAUGGCUUAGUUGGAGGAAAACAAUUUCUAGAAAAACGGUUACAGGUUAAGGUGCACCAGCACGAAGAGCUCCAGAAUGUAAGGAAGCACAUUCACUCAUGUUUCAGUAAUCUUGGCUGUUUCCUAUUGCCACAUCCUGGUCUUAAAGUCGCAACAAACCCAAGCUUUGAUGGGAGGCUAAACGACAUUGAUGACGACUUUAAGAGUGAGCUACGGAAUCUGGUUCCAUUGCUGCUUGCUCCUGAAAACCUGGUAGAGAAAGAGAUCAGUGGCUCGAAGGUGACAUGUAGAGAUCUUGUGCAAUAUUUCAAGGCUUAUAUUAAAAUCUAUCAAGGAGAGGAGCUGCCUCACCCUAAGUCAAUGCUUCAGGCAACAGCAGAAGCCAACAACCUUGCUGCAGUAGCUGGAGCAAAAGAUACUUACAACAAAGGAAUGGAGCAGGUUUGUGGAGGAGAUAAGCCUUAUAUUGCUCCAGCAGACUUAGAGCGAAAGCACCAAGAUCUAAAGGAGCUUGCCAUAAAACAGUUCCGUUCUGUGAAAAAGAUGGGAGGUGAGGAUUUCUGUCGCCGUUACCAGGACCACCUUGAUGAAGAGCUCGACGAAGUCUAUGCAAACUUUGUGAAGCACAACGAUGGCAAGAACCUCUUCUAUGCUGCCCGUACCCCUGCUACUCUCUUUGCUGUUAUGUUUGCCAUGUACAUAAUCUCAGGACUGACUGGCUUCCUCGGAAUGAACUCCAUAGCUACCCUAUGUAACCUUGUAAUGGGGGUUGCACUCAUAUCCCUUUGUACUUGGGCAUACGUUAAAUACUCUGGGGAAUUCAGAGAAGUUGGAACACUCAUUGAUCAGAUGGCUGAGCUACUAUGGGAUCAGGUGAUAAAACCUCUUGGUGAUAAUUUGAUUGAGGAUACUAUGAGACAAUCGGUUACAAACUCUCUCAAAGCAGGCCUGACUGAACAGAUGUCUCAGCAUGCCAGAUUAAAGACAGAUUGACCAUUCAUCUCCUUUCAUCUGCCUGCCCAUCCUAGACUUGCUUGCUGUACAAUGAGAACUCAAUAAACCAAAGUUUACAUUGACUCUAGAGAAGUAGAUUAUUCUGACUGGCUUCUCAAUUUGCUGCCGUCACAUUGGGGGAGGGUGCGGGUGCAGGGUAAGAAGUUUUGAUGGCUUUUAAGGCUUUCUCCUCUUUUUUGCUUCUGAGACAACAGCCCCAAUGCCACAGAGAACAGGAAAGUGAGGUAUCUGCUUCGACACUAGUGUACCCAGGGGGAGGUGGUGUGGGCUCUGUCUUGCAGAAACAUAUCCACUGUAAAAGGGUUUUUCAGGGAAGUAAUUUAUCGAGCCUAUACAAGGAAAUCUUUUAACAGAAUGUAUGUAGCCACAAAAUAUCCCAUCAAAUAUUUUAACUUUGUGAACACUUGUAAACCGUUAACAUGAUGAAUCCAGCUGACAUAUCAGCAGUCGCAGUCAGCUGCGGAGUCAUGUUUGAGCCACUACAUUUAGCUACUCCUUGCUUUUCUGCCUUUUCUACCAGUAUUACCCAAAUGCAUGUGUACUAUCUCCACAGAAAUUACAUUUAGAGGUAACAAUUGUAGCCAAGGAAGCUAUCUUCAAGUGUACAUUGUCUUGCCUUUUAAACUUUGGAGACCUUGUCCUACAGGAUACGCGUAUUGAGAAACGAGAGCAGAUUUUCUCUGCAGUUUUAGCCUUCAUGUAUAUAUAAUGCCAUUAAUACGACUCGCGGGGGAGAAAAUCCAUCCAAAAACAAAAGCCGUUGCCUACAGCUACAAAGCAAUGAGUUAGGAUUGUCUGUACAGUGUGUCUAGUUAUUUUUUAAGAAACCACAGGGCAUGUAAAAAAUAUAAAUAUAUAAAUACAAUUUUGUAUCAAAGUUUUGUAGUUUAUGGCAAAACCUGGUUCUGUGAUAGGCAAAGUACGGUCCCUGUAAAGGAAUGUUUGUGGCUCAUGUAAAUGUGUGAAUGCAUCAACACAAUUUGGAGUUUUUUGAUAUAUUUGUGAUAUUUACUGCCUUGAGCACUGCAAUCUCACCCCCAUGGGAAAUCAGUGGGAAUGUUUGUUGUGAAACUUUGUCCUCAGUUGCAUUUUAAAGUUAUUUCCUGUAAUUUAUUUUCCGGUACAUUAUUAAAAUCAAUUGUGUAUAUAUGAAA